GCGUGCAACUUUUAAACAUUUUCAUCAGACCGUCAGGCUAAAUUUAAAAUGGGCUCCGGUGAGCUCAGUACAUUACUUCUAUUCUUAUAUUUUAUUUUACUUAUUAUUUUAUUAAGAAUAGAAUUUUUUUAUUUGGGUUUUGCUAAUCGCCAAAUACUAUUUCCCAGUCGUCGAAAUCGUAUGCGACGACAACGUGAUCUGGUACAUCAAGUUGAAAAUGAAAAUAUUCUCAGAGAGCAGAGUAUAAUUGCGAAUUUAGCUGAAAUUACUGUUAAUACUGACCCACCUAUUGUAGAGGCAAUAAACAGAGAAGAACUUGUGAACACGGAAGAUCAGUUAGAAGAAAGUUUAAAUAUAGCUAAUUCCAUAAUUCAACAAGUUUUAAUUGACUGUCCCAUUUAAACUUCAAAUAUUUAAUA